AUGAGCUUCCGAAAUAGCCGAAGUCGUCUGGCCACUUGGUGCCCUCCUACAACAGGCCGGCCACAAACUCAAAUCGACCACAUUGCCAUCAGUUACCGAUGGCGCGGGUCCAUAACUGACUGCCGGUCGUUUUGGAACACAUUUGUGGACUCUGACCACGCGCUCGUCCGGAGUCGCUUCUCCCUACGUUUCCCGGGGCCACGUAAGGUGCGGACAAAUCGCAUGGCAACUAGAAGGCUGGCAGAUCCGGACGUCAGACAAACUUACAAGAAUCGUCUUCUGGAGUCUCUUCCAAGUGCUCCACCAUCAAAUGUGAACUCAUACUGGGACGAGAUUGCCACCUCUUUGCUUAGGGCUGGGAAUUUUGCCUGGAAAACACCCGGAUAUACGUACACAUCACCACUGAAAGGAAGAAGGCCUUCACUGCAGAAAACACCAACUGAACUGUUACACACUAUUGAACAGGAAAGCAAGACCCAUAUGCAUCUUGUUUAUAAAAACUGA